AUGAUGAGAGGAUGCAGUCGCCUCAUACAGCAGAUACGGACCCACGCCACAGUAGCCCACAGCAUAAGAGUCGGCAUCCUCCUCAAACGAGACCCAGUAAUCACUCCAAACCCAGACGAAUUCUCGUCAUCCUACUUGAACUAUCGACACUCACUAGAAAACGCACAUAGCAGACCAUUUCCUUACGAAUUCUACUUUAAACGAGGAUCACUCCAGGAGCAGCGAUGGCUCGACGCCACAAAGGGCCAGCCUAACGAUGAUGGCAUCAAACUCGUCAAGGAACAUGAAUUGGCUUCUAUACCGGUCGCUCCUAGAAGGACUAUAGCUGAUGAAGCCAAUGAUACGGCUUCACUGGAUAGAGCUUUGGAUAGGACGUUGUAUCUGGUGUUGAAGGGUGAACAUGGAUGGAGGCUGCCUGAAGGGAACUUGAAUGGGGAUGAGUUGCUUCAUCAAGCUGCGUCAAGAGAACUACAUACACAGUGUGGGAAUGGUAUGGAGACGUGGUUUGUAGGGAGCAUACCAGUAGGACAUGUUACAAGGGGACCCAAUGAAACCGUCUUUUACAUGAAGGCACACAUAUUAGGUGGUACCAUUGCAUCAACAUCAGACAACACGGUCGCUUGGCUGACAAAGGAAGAAGCUUUGAAGGCUUUGAGUCAAGAUGAUGCUAUUCAAGUGGCUGAUAUGCUAUCAACACGAUAG